AGAAUUAAGAAAAAAGUGGAAUGAAGAAAAAGAAAAGGAAAUUUUCCGACACAAUGGUGCUACGAUCCACGAAGCUGGAGUAGGGCGAACAAGAAGAGGAGGAGGAGAAUUAGGGUUUUGAGGAGAUCCAAUUCGCUCCUCUUCGAUCAUCAAGCUUCGCAGAGAAUUUUGUAGGCAUCUGAAGUUUCGCACUCUGACUAAGCUGAAGUGUAUGUGGAGGUUUGAAAAUGGAUGACAAUGGACAAAGGGAGAGCAGUAGGCACAAGGCUGAUCACUAUAAGACAGCUCAUGCGCAGUGGAUGACGAAUCAGAAUCAGCUGAAGGAAAACAUAAAGAUCAUGGCUCUCGUGGCCGAGCGGGACGAGGCCAUUCGAGAACGCAACAUAGCUCUUGCAGAGAAGAAAGCUGCACAGGCUGAGCGCGACAUGGCAUUCCUCCAGCGCGAUGCUGCGAUCACCGAGCGGAACACUGCCAUCAUCGAGCGCGACAAUGCCCUCUCUGCCCUUCAAUAUGCUCGCGAGAACGGCGUGAAUGGCAACAAUUGUGGGCCCGAAUGCUUCCCUCCUUCCCGUGGAGCAGCAAAGCACCACCACUACCAGCAGCAACCUCAAUAUUCCGAUGGGUAUUACAAUGACCACGAAGCACUCCCCAUGUCGACUGCUCCAGAUGGCGAUGCAGCAAAGUCGUCCCACAAGUCUAAGCGGGGGAGGAACGACCCCACCAAAGUUCAAGCUUCUGCUUCUCCAUCCAAGAAACCGUCGAAGAAGAAGAGUAGAAAGGUCGGAGGCGAGCAUUUCAAUAACAAGCAGGUGACAGUCGCGAGGCUGGGGGCGAAGCACCAUGAGUGGAAAGGUCAGGAUCUGGGGCUGAACCAGGUAGUGUUUGAUGAGUCGACGAUGCCAGUACCCGUUUGCUCCUGCACGGGGAAGUAUCAGCCCUGCUACAAGUGGGGGGACGGCGGGUGGCAGUCGGCCUGCUGCACCACAACGCUGUCCAUGUACCCACUGCCGGUGAUGCCCAACAAAAGGCACGCCCGCGUGGGCGGCCGCAAGAUGAGCGGCAGUGUGUUCAAGAAGCUGAUCAGCCGGCUGGCGGCAGAGGGGUACGAUCUAUCUAUGCCAAUCGACCUCAAAGACCACUGGGCUAAGCAUGGGACGAAUCGGUAUAUCACUAUAAAAUGAUACGGCUCUUGGUUUAGGUUUAUAUUCAGAAUGUGAGGAAGAAGAGGGAGCAAAGUUUCUACUAUGAAUUUCUUUUUCCUCCUGUUGAAUAGUUAAAGCUUUUCAGAGAAGUUGUGUCUCAGUGACCUCUGAAAAGGUAAACUUUGUAGUGCUGGUUAAUUUUUUGGGAAAAUGGGUAGCAUCUAUGCCCUAAGUUGUGCAUAUUUUACAUUUCAAGUGAUGAAAAUUAGUGGCUCAAAUGAUACUUCUGCAUCAUCAGGAAAUAACUGAGUUGAUUUUGCCGUCUGGGAAGUGGGUGUUCUAGGAUUCCAUGGAGUAGACCAGUCACUGAGAUGCGAUUGGUUAUAAUCAGAGGUGCCAUGUUUAGUUAUUUACUUAUUAGAGAUUGUUUGGUAACAUUUAGGGGGCCGUUUCAUUGAAUGUAAAUAGUGUGUAAUUAGAAAUGCAUGCAGUAAUUAUAAUUA